ACAUUUGUGUGUGUGUGUGUGUGUGUUGCCAUUAUCUGCUUCCUGUGACCUCUAGUUUCCGGGGGGACGAAUUUCAGAGUAACACCACACGAUAGGAAGGAUGGUACUGUGUGCAGUGAGGCGACAUCUCCUAAAGAGCAGCAGCAGCAGCAGCAGCUGUGGAGCCUGGGCCAGGCUGCUCCAGAGAGGUUGUGUGUACUCCAGCGUCCAUUGCUUGGACCAGGGGGAGAUCAGAGAGAAGCUGCAGGCCUUUCCUGGAGGAUCCGUUGACCUGCUCAAACAGGAGUCUGGCAUCGCUGUGCUGACCAUCAACUACCCGUCCCGCAUGAAUGCCUUCUCCGGCAGUAUGAUGGUGGAUCUGGAGGAGAGGGUGAGCCAGCUGGAGAGCUGGAUAGACUGUAAAGGCCUCAUUGUUCAGGGUGCUUCUGGAACGUUCUGCUCUGGAUCGGACCUCAGCGCUGUCAGGGCGAUAUCUAACCCACAGGAUGGGAUGAAGAUGUGUAUGUUCAUGCAGAAUGCUCUUACAAGACUACUCAGGCUGCCUCUGAUCUCUGUUGCUCUGGUGGAGGGGAGAGCGUUGGGAGGAGGUGCAGAACUCACCACUGCCUGCGAUUUCAGGUUAAUGGCAUCUGGCAGUGUGAUCCAGUUUGUCCAUAAACACAUGGGCCUGGUCCCAGGCUGGGGCGGCGCUGCUCGACUUGUCCGCAUUGUCGGAAGCCAGAAUGCACUGAAGCUGCUUGGUGGUGCUCUAAAAGUGGAUCCUGAACUUGGCCUGCAGAUUGGACUGGCAGAUGGAGUCCUGGAGGUCCCCCGGGCAGAGGAGGGUGUAGGGACUCUCCUCCAGCGGGCUGAAAACUGGCUCAGUCACUAUACAAAUGGAGCUGCCCCAGUGGUCCAGGCUGUGAAGAAGGUAGUGCUGUCAGGGAGAGAGCUCCCUCUGUCAGAGGCUCUGAGGACUGAGAAGGAUGUAUUUGGUACGGUGUGGGGCGGUCCAGCUAACCUGCAGGCUCUGGCCAGCAAAUCCAAACACAGAUGAGUGUCUGGGGUCACUUUUCUUAGAUCAGCCAAGAUGUUCAACUGACACAUUUUUGGAAAGCCCUGUCCAGGUCACAAUUGUGUAGAAGAGAACUGCUAUAAACUGACUCUAGAUUAAUUAGAUUAAGACACUUAGUUAGUUCUUUGGUGUGCUGAAGACAUUUACAAGUGCUUCUCAUUUCAUAAUCUGAAUGUUGUGUGGACUCUGGGUGUGUAGAGACACAUGUUUUGCUUGCAAGGACAAGGACUUAAGUCUCUAAUCCACUGAUUAGAGAUCAGUCACUGUAACAUACGUUAAUGGUUGUGAUGUAUUUUGUUUGGUAUCUGUCUAUGUGACAUUAUAGCUCAUUAUCACAAGAGGAGCUGAGAUACACAUUUAUAAACAGUGAUGCUGAUAAUGUGCUUGUUUUGUUCAUAUAUUGCAAACAUACCUCUGUGGGAAAACGAUGGAAUUAGGGGAGUUUUAUUAUGGGAUGAAAACUGAAUGAACACCAUGAAUAAAAACUCCCUUCCUUUGGGGUUAUAGUUUAGAAUCUGGACUCUGCAGCCUCCUGUUUACAACAAAACAUGUAUUCGUUGUGGUGCAGCGUCAGCUGACCUGAGAAAUGAUUUUGUUUCAUUAAUACUAUGUACACUGAUUCCUGUAUAUGAAGACUGAUUAGGUUUAGAUAUAAAUUUGAUGUAAUCAACAGUGAA